GGAUCCAAGAGCCUCUUUGUUUUCUCUCUAGAGCUCCCAGAGAACUGGACCGAUACCCGCGAGACGCUGCUGGAGGGGAUGCUCUUCAGCCUCAAGUACAUGGGCAUGACACUGGUGGAGCAGCCCAAGGGAGAAGAGCUCUCUGCGGCCGCCGUCAAAAGGAUCGUCGCCACCGCAAAAGCAAGUGGAAAGAAACUGCAGAAAGUGACGCUGAAAGUGUCCCCCAGAGGGAUCGUGUUAAACGACAGCAGAACAAACGAGCUGAUCGAGAACGUCUCCAUAUACAGGAUAUCCUACUGCACGGCAGACAAGAUCCACGAUAAAGUGUUUGCCUACAUUGCCCAGAACCAGCUCAAUGAGAACCUGGAGUGCCAUGCCUUCCUCUGUACCAAACGGAAAAUGGCACAAGCAGUCACCCUCACUGUGGCCCAGGCCUUCAAGAUCGCGUUUGAGUUCUGGCAGGCAGCUAAGGAAGAGAAAGAAAAGCGGGAAAGGUCCAUCUUGGAAGGAGAAGGGACAAGCAGCCCCCACUCGGAAGCCCCUGCGCACCCCGACACACCAGCAGCCACGGGGAACUUGCUGGAUUUAGAAGAUUCUGCCAAAUCACCCGUGACCAGCAGCACAAACUCCCCCCACUUGGAUAACAGCGUGUUUGGGCCCAGCUCCUCUGUAAACAACAACGUUGUGUGGGAAAUGGAUGAUGGUCUCGACGAGGCAUUUUCAAGGCUGGCUCAGUCGAGAACAAACCCUCACGUCCUUGACACAGGACUGACAGCUCAAGACAUCCAGAGUGCAGAAACGCUCUCACCAGUAGACUGGAACAAAAUAGAUUCCAACACAGGCGAGAAAGAUGAUCUGUUCAUGUUUUGA